AUGGCUGUCAUUCUCGCACCACUGUUGCACAGUUCGGCCAUCCCCACUACCCCAAGGCUCACUACAAUAUCUUUGAACGUGAAUGCAGCAUCGAUGGGUAUGUUCCUGGGCAAUACGAUGGGCCCUUACCUGUCCAUGGAGAUGUUCAGUUAUGUGAGUCUCAUGCCGAAUAUUCUCUUCAUGGUCCUCUUCAGCCUGAUACCUGAGUCACCCUAUCAUUAUGCUCUUCACGACAACAUCGAUGAGGCCGAGGCAUCUCUCAAAUGGUUCCGACGAGAGGCUGACGUCAAGGCCGAAAUACGGGAGCUCCAAGAUUUCGUUGACGGUGCCAGCACUAACGUUUUAACGAAACUCAAGGCCUUCCUGUUACCAGCGAAUUUGAAGAAUAUCUUGGUCAUGUUCGGCUUGAACGUCUUCGUCCAAGGAAGCUCGUUCUCCACAGUAAACGCCUACGCAGAAAUCAUCGUCAUCAGUACCAAAGUAAACAUCACCCCGUCGAUUAUAGUAAUGGCGAUGUGUUUUGCCACAGUUGUUGCUGGUUUCAUCGCUACUUUGUUGGUGGACAAAUUUGGUCGGAAAAAUUUACUAAUACUGUCUAGCGUCGGCGUCGCUAUUUCGUUUAUCGCUCUUGGUCUUCACUUCUAUCUUCUUUCUUUGAAUUUUAAUUCUGAAAAACUGACAUGGUUGCCAAUUACGGCAUUGCUAUCCUUUAAUCUAUUUGUGUCUUGUGGCCUGGCCACGGUGCCUAGCACCCUUAUCGGUGAGAUGUUCCCAGCCAAUCUCAAAAAUCUGGCGUCUCUUUUUCUUUUUUCGAGCAGCGCUUUAUUUUCUUUUAUAUUCGUUAAAAGCUAUCAACCUUUUAUUAAUUUGGCCGGAGAAACAAUUGUCUUUUGGAGCUAUGGGCUUUUCGUACUUGGAGCGGUGCCCUAUGUGCGGUAUUUGAUUCCCGAAACAACAGGCAAAAGCUUACUGGAAAUUCAGCAAUCCAUCAAAAAAUAAAGUGACGCAAUUUAUCAAAAUAAAAAUUAUAAUAUUACAAAACUUACAAAUUUAUCCUG